GAGGGGGGAAAUGGAAUGGUGCACUUCGAUUGGCCGUGCGCGCGCCGUAAAACGCAUAAAUAUAACGGCGUUUGUAAACCGGGCAUCAGUCAACGUUCAGCGUUCAUAGCAGCAAGUCUUGCAACACUAAGUUGGAAACUACAUAAAAUCACCAUGACCGGACGCGGUAAAGGAGGAAAAGGUCUUGGAAAAGGAGGCGCCAAACGUCAUCGUAAGGUGUUGCGUGAUAACAUCCAGGGAAUCACCAAGCCCGCCAUCCGUCGGUUAGCUCGUCGUGGAGGUGUGAAACGUAUCUCCGGUUUGAUCUACGAAGAGACCCGUGGAGUUUUAAAAGUAUUCCUGGAGAACGUGAUCCGUGAUGCAGUCACCUACACCGAACACGCCAAGAGGAAGACCGUUACCGCCAUGGACGUCGUCUACGCGCUGAAACGUCAAGGACGUACCUUGUACGGUUUCGGAGGUUAAACACACACACGUACACAUAUUAAACACUUCUCUUAAAAAGGCCCUUUUCAGGGCCACCAA